ACUAAAUGACAGCAGGAGCAGCUGUGUUUCAGUUAAUUGCAGCUCACCCCGGAAUAGUAGAAUAAUCCACUCUGCGUCCUCUGGCAUCUCCCCUUGUAUCUCGCUGUCGCCCGUAGUCUGCGCAAGCUUUUACUAGUACUACACCAUCUCCCUCUGCUACUUUUGAGGACCUCAAGGCUUCUCAAAUCCAGAGAAGGAAAAAGGGGAGAGGGAGCUCGCCAGCCCAAGAAAAGGUUCCUCUCCUCCUUCCCCACCUCGCCCUCAAUCCCCCAUCGUUCCGAACCACCCCUCACAUCCGAUUGUUCCCUGUCCCUCUGCGGUUCUUGGAUCCUAGAUUUGGGCGGCCGGCGCCUCCGGGAGCUGAAAAAGACUGGAUUUUUUGGGGGAUGGAGGCGUGGCCUGAUCCGUCGGGGCUACGGCGGUGGAGUGGCUCAUGGACCAGGUCUGAUUCGUAUUGAUUCAAAUGAUUCGGGCGGCUUGAUUGCUCAGCGGAUCAGAGGGAGCUAGGGUGUGGUUUCUUGGCUGCCUGGGUGGUGGUGGCCGGCUUGGGGUCCGUUGAGAUCUUGGGGUUGUUGGCUGAGCUCAAGAGCCGCAGGUCUGUGCAGAUCCCUCUUUGCUCCUGUGGGUGAUUGGCGGAGGUGGGAGACUGCUAGGGUUUUGGUUGGUCGUGGAGGAAGAUGAUAAAACAGAUCCUUGGCCGGCUGCCGAGGAAGCCCGGGAAGGCCGGUGACAGCAGGGAUGCUGCUGCGGGGAACGGCAACGAGCCAUCGAAUUCUUAUAGUGUUGCGAGGAGCAUGGAGCCGGGGAACAAGAGGGCUGGGAAUGGGGAUUAUCAAGCACCAGCUGGACUGAGUCCCAACCCGGUGAUGAAUGGGGCUGUGGUGUAUCACUCCAACGAGCCGCUGCCCGCGUUCAAGGACGUGGCGGCGUCUGAGAAGCAGAAUUUAUUUGUCAAGAAGGUGAACCUGUGCUGCGCCGUGUACGAUUUCACAGAUCCCACAAAGAACUUGAAGGAAAAGGAGGUGAAACGCCAGACUCUUAUGGAGCUUGUUGAUUAUGCCACUUCUGCAAAUGGCAAGUUCUCGGAAGUCGUCAUGUUGGAGAUCACCAAAAUGGUGUCGAUUAACUUGUUCCGGUGCUCCAGCCCCACCCUUCGCGAGAACAAGGCCAUUGAAGGAGUGGAUCUGGAGGAGGAUGAGCCUCUCAUGGACCCUGCGUGGUCACACUUGCAGAUUGUUUAUGAGGUUUUCUUGAGAUUUGUAGCAUCACAGGAGACAGAUGCAAAGCUUGCCAAGAGAUACGUAGAUCAUUCCUUCAUUCUUAGGCUACUAGAUCUUUUUGACUCAGAGGACCCCAGGGAAAGGGACUAUCUGAAGACGAUACUCCAUCGAAUAUAUGGUAAAUUCAUGGUUCAUCGCCCAUUCAUCAGGAAAGCAAUUAACAACAUAUUCUACAAGUUUAUAUUCGAAACAGAAAAGCAUAAUGGUAUUGCAGAGUUGUUGGAGAUACUGGGCAGUAUAAUCAAUGGUUUUGCCCUUCCGCUUAAGGAAGAGCACAAAUUGUUCCUUGUUCGUGCACUGAUCCCUCUUCACAAGCCAAAGUGUGUAUCUAUGUACCAUCAGCAGCUAUCGUACUGCAUCACACAGUUUGUUGAGAAGGACUGCAAACUUGCUGACACAGUUAUUAGGGGCUUACUGAAAUAUUGGCCCGUCACAAACAGUUCAAAGGAGGUGAUGUUCUUGGGUGAGCUAGAAGAGGUUUUAGAGGCAACACAGCUUGCAGAGUUCCAAAGAUGCAUGGUUCCACUCUUCCGUCAGAUUGCCCGUAGCAUGAACAGCUCUCAUUUCCAGGUGGCAGAGCGCGCUCUGUUUCUCUGGAACAAUGACCAUAUUGAGAACCUAAUUAAGCAGAAUUACAAGGUGCUAUUACCAAUCAUCUAUCCAGCACUAGAGAGAAAUGCCAGAGGACACUGGAACCAAGCUGUUCGUAGCCUGACAUUGAAUGUACGCAAGAUCUUCUCUGAUCACGAUUCUGCAUUUUUCGGGGAGUGUGUCAAGCUGUUCAAUGACGACGAGCUCAAGGAGGAGGAAUCCAAUUCGAAGCGAGAGGCCCUGUGGAAGCGCUUAGAGGAAAUGGCCGCCUCAAAAUCCGGCGAAAACAGCCCCUCGGGCACACCCAAUGGCAAAUCCAGUCAAGCUGCUGGCUAGAAUACCACCAUAACAGUCGCAAUCGUGCAACUCUUUGACUCAUGUGCGAUUCUCUGGAACUCGGGUUGUGAUUUUAGUGUUGAAAUUUUUUGUUGGUGAGUUAGUUUGCCCCUGUUGUAGGUGGGUAGGAUGUGUUUGGUUUCGUCAGAACUGUAUGAUCAAAAUGUACACAUACAGAAGAAUUCUGAGAUAUUUGGCAUGUGUAGUGACAUUAAUCAGAAUUAUCAUAUAGUCCAAUAAACAGCGUCGAUUUUGAUUGCGGAUA